AUGUUUUGUGAAAUAUUCAUGUUUUUCGUCGCUUAUUCAAUUUCGAAAAACGUUCGAUGGUGUUUCGACUUAAACAUUGUUUUUUGUUAUCAAGAAGACUUUGUAUGUCCUUAUGAUAAUCAACUUAAGUCAUUCAACACUCAAAUUGUACUUAAUAGAACUGUAUUAAGACAUUACAAAGAAUUAAAUAUCAAAUGUAAUUUCACAAAUAAAUUGAGUCUUUCUUUUAGUGACGAAUUGAACUCGGUUUUUCAAUUUGAAUUUUCAGAAAAGAGAACGCAGUACAUUUUAAAUAGUACUUUAUUGCAAAUUAUUGAAUCCGACGAAUUUUAUCAAAACAAUUUAACAAAACUACAAAAUGAAAAAACCACCAAAAUGUAUACAAAAGGUGCGUCUUGUGCCAAUGGGACAUAUUUAAAUGGACAAAACUGCUAUUAUUGUGACCAGUCGUGUCAAACUUGUGAAGACUUUUCUAUUAACAACUGUAAUGAUUGUUCCUCUGGUUAUUAUAAAACAAACAAUUCAUGUUUUCAAUGUCAUCCUUAUUGUGAAACGUGCAUUUCAAAUGAACAAAACAGUUGCUUAAAAUGUAAACCAGGGUUUUAUUUAGUAGAUGGCUCUUGUUAUUUGUGUCCAAAAAAUUGUGCAGCAUGUAAUUUUCGUCAAUAUUGUACAAAAUGCAAACCAACAUAUUACCUUAUUAUUUUGGAAAACGUCUGUCUAAAAUGUAAAGAAAAUUGUUUGACUUGUACUUCAAAGGCAUGUAGUUCUUGUGUAGAUGGGUAUUACUUAUCAGGAGACGUUUGUAAGAAGUGUGUCACAUUUUGUAAAACAUGUCAAUUGGAAGUAGCUGUAAGAUGUACUUCGUGUUUUGAAGGGUAUUAUUUGAAUUUCAUAACAGGUUGGUGUUCUCCAUGUAAUUCUUCGUUGUGCUCCAUAUGUACAGAUGGCAAAGAAUCGAGUUGUGUUCUAUGCAAAGAAAAUUUAUACCUUUCAAAUGGCAAAUGUUUAAAGUGUGAUUCAACAUGUAAAACGUGUUUUGGACCGAACAAUGACAACUGCAAUUCAUGUGACAACAAUUCUUAUCUUAUUAAUAACACAUGCAAUAAAUGCUACAGUUAUAGAUGUUAUCAGUGUUAUAACAACACUAUGAGUGGAUGCUAUUUGUGUCAACCGGGCUAUUAUGUAUCAGCUGGAAACUGUAAACAAUGCAGUUCAAAUUGUUUGGAGUGUACAGGUUUUAUAACAUGCAGUACCUGUAAUAAUGGGUAUUACCUUAAUGUUACAUCCAAUAAAUGCUUACCGUGUUAUUAUACCAAAUUGUGUGCAUCGUGUUCUAAUUCAACGAGUGUUGGUUGUACACAGUGUAAUCAGGGGUAUUAUCUUACUACAACACGAACGUGUGUUGCAUGUCCAUUAAGUUGUACGGCUUGCAAAGAAAUGGGUGAUAUUACACCAACAUGUACAGCUUGUUAUACCCCGUUUUAUUUGAAGGAUGGGGUUUGUAUUCAUUGUGACAACAAUUGUAAAACAUGUGAAGAUUCUUCCACAACAUGUACAUCGUGUAUUGAUGGGCAAAUGUAUCUCAAUAAAAAUAAAUGUGUUGCUUGUAAUAUGUGUAGUCCUUCUCAUUGUUUUUCGACUGGAUGUUCUCUUUGUAAUAAGACGAAUUACUACCCAGACGAAUUUAAUUGUUUUCAAUGUGAUUCAAGUUGUCUUACAUGUAAUGGAGGAUCUUCUAAAAAUUGCACUUCUUGUAAAGAAGGACAAUAUUUAAUGGAAGGAAAGUGUAUAUUGUGUGAUUCCAAUUGUGGUGAAAACAAUUGUUCAUCUGACAUGGGAUGUCAAGAGUGUCAAAACGGUUAUUAUCCCAAAAACAAAAUUUGUGUUCCUUGUUCAACGAUUAACAAUUGUGUAUCAUGUUCUAAUUCAACAGAAGAGUGUAUAGAAUGUUCUGGAAUAUUUGUUAUUGAAAAUGGUAUUUGUGUGUGUGAAAAUGGGUCAUACCAAAACACGACUACUACUUGUGAUAGUUGUUUUAAUCAUAUAGAUAACUGCCAAAUUUGUGAGAGUAAUUUUAAUGACCAAAAUUUAUACAAUAAUGUUAGUUGUAAGAAAUGUUAUCCACCUUAUUAUAUGAGUAAUAAUUUGUGUAUCUCAUGUCCACCUGGUACAUACUUUGAAAAUGAGAUGUGUCAUACAAAUGAUGCAAAUUGUCAAAACCAAAGUGCUUCCAAUGAAUGCAUUUUAUGCCAAAGUGGUUACACACUUCGUAACAAAAAGUGUGAACCUUUUGUUGAUUGCAAAAGUGAAUCUCAAAUUGGAUGUGAAGAGUGUGACUAUACAAUUAAUGUUGAUGGAAAAUGCACAAAACCACAAAACGAUUGUAAAUACGAAAUUAACGAUUUUGAGAAUAGAAAGUGUUUACAAUGUUAUGAUGGCUAUUUGUUAAUUGAUGAAACGUGUUUUGAAGCUGAAAAAACAAACACGAUAAUACAAAAUAAUUUGACAUAUACAUGUGAUACACAAGAGUACCUUAAUCAAAACAACAUGUGUGUUGACUGUAAACAGAAUAUGUUAAAUACAAAUGGUUGUCAAUUGUACAAUGGAAAUGUAAUCUCAACAAAAUGUGAUGUAAAUUAUGUGAUGGAUAUAAUAAAUAACAAAUGCAUUGUAAGUGAAAUGUGUCUGACAUAUGUAAGUGGUGAUUGUGUGGAUUGUGACAACUCCGUUCAUCGCGUCAUUAAAAAUAAUUUGUGUAUAGAAAAGACUUAUGAUAAAUGUGUGAAAUAUCACAUAACUGAGUGUAUUAUAUGUGAAGAAAAUUAUUUGAUUUCAAAUGGAAAAUGCACUUCUAAAGGAGAAUUGAAUUGUGAAAAUUCAAAUCAAUUUACUUGUGUAAAAUGUGAAGAUAAUUAUCAUAAUGUUAUUUAUUCUCUUGACGAAUAUUGUCAAGCAAACACAGAUAAUAUCAAAUUUCAGAAAUCAACAAAUAACUCCACUACAAUUUUAGAGUGCUCAGAUAAUUAUUUAUUAUCAAACAAUUUAUGUAUACAAAAAGUUGACAAAUUAAACAUUAAAAAAUCAGAUGAUACUUUAUGUACAAUUUUAACACCAAAAGGAUGUCUCAAAUGUGUCAAUGGGUUUUAUUUAGACAAUUCUAAAAAUUGUGUUAAAUGCAGUAAUAAUUGUGUUGAAUGUUACAACGACACAUACUGUCUUUCUUGUAAUAAAACAUCAAACCUUUUCCUUACAACAAACAACUCAUGUCAGUCUUUAGAAAUACUAAACAACACGUGUAAACUAUUGAUGCCAACAAAAACGAGUUGUGCGAUAUGUUAUGAUGGUUAUUUAAGAGAAAAUGGCGAUUGUGUUCCAUGUGAUGUCUCAUGUGCAACAUGUCUUGAAACAAAGAAGUGUCUUACUUGCAAAGAAAAUUACUUUUUGAUUCAAAGUGAAUCGUUCUUAUGUCAGAGUUAUGAUAAUUUGACACGUUGUUUACAUAAAACACCACACGGGUGUACUUUAUGUGAUGAUGGAUAUUAUGUAGACACACAAAUACCUCGCUGUUUUAAAUGUGAUUCAAAUUGUGAUAAUUGUGUAACAUCACAGAGUUGUGUGACAUGUUCAAUUGAUUAUAUAUUAAUAAAUAAUGUGUGUGUGUCAAUUUCAAACAUUACACAUUGUAUCAAAGCCACAAACAAUAUUUGUACACAAUGUGAAAAUGAUUUCAAAGUAUCAGACAAUGGCAUUACAUGUGUAGAUAACAAUUCACUGAAUUAUGGAGUUGUCAUUGGAAUACCAAUCGCUUCUUUCAUUCUUCUUGUUAUUAUAAUAUUAUUGUUGAUAAUAAUAAUAUAUAUCAUUUCUCACAAAACUCGCAAAGAAAAGGAAAAAGAAAUUUGCAUUUUUAAUAUGAAGAAGUCAAACAUUUCAUUUACUAAAUUGAACGACUUUUUAGUCUCAAAUUUAGAUCAAAUUAAAUUUGAAAAUGAAACAAAUAGCGAUUUAAAUAUACCAGUCGACUUAGAAACGCGAGCACUAAUUUGCAUUGGAAAUAUAUCAAAAGACAAAAUCAAAGUUCAGAUGAGUGUAGUAGAUGGGUGUGAGUUGUACAGCAUUCGCACAUCGCCACCUCUAGUUACCUUAACCAAAGACGAAGCCUGUGAGUUCGAAGUAUUUUUGAAGCCAAAUUGUUCGUGUUGUAUCAAAGAACAAAUUCUCUGCACGUCUUUUUCAAUAAGUAAAGGAGUUCAAACAUCAACAAACAUCAAAAUAUCAGCUCAAACAAUUUUAACAACAAAACUUGAUUACCACGAAUUAAAAGAAGACAAAAAACUGGGAGAAGGUUCCUUUGGAAUUGUUUAUUUAGGAACUUUCCGUGGCAACAAAGUCGCAAUAAAGAAACUCAAAGAAUCGAGUUCAGUUGUCGAACAAUUCAACGAAUUUGAAAAUGAAGUUUCCAUGUUAGACAAAUUUAGAAGUGAGUAUAUCGUCCAUUUUUAUGGCGCCGUUUUCAUCCCAAACAAAGUGUGUAUGGUCACCGAAUUUGCUCCAUUUGGAAGUCUUCAAGACUUAAUUGAUAAACGAAAAAAUUCAGAAGAACGAGUUCCCAAAAACGUCCGUUAUAAAAUCAUGUUAGAUGCGACACUAGGACUUGAGUAUUUACACUUAAAUGGUGUUGUACAUAGAGAUAUUAAGCCAGACAACAUCUUAGUGUUUUCUUUAGAACUUAUGAAUGACAAAGUAAACGGUAAAUUGACUGAUUUUGGAAGUGCUAGAAAUAUCAAUUUACUGAUGACUAACAUGACAUUCACAAAAGGAGUUGGAACACCUAAAUAUAUGGCACCUGAAGUGUUAAAUAAAGAAAAGUAUAAAAUGCCUUGUGAUAUCUUUUCACUUGGUACUUCUAUGUAUGAAGUGUUCUCGUGGAAAUCAGCAUUCACAGAAAAACAAUUUAAAUACGCGUGGGAUAUUGCUGACUUCAUUUCGGCGGGAAAACAACUACAAAAGCACGAAAAUAUGACAAACAGCGAAUUUGAAAUAAUCAAGAAAAUGUGGGAAUUUGAGCCUCAAAAAAGAUUAAAAAGUGGGGAAAUUGUUUCUUUGUUACAAAAACUUUAA